GGGCAAUCGAUAGUGGUUGAAAUUUUGAUCCGUGUAUACCUUUGAAGAAAGUUUAGCAACAUAACGACCUGUUCUCGUAGUGUGUUCUGGGUACGAGAGUUGAGAGUGAAACUAGGUCAAAGGUCAGAGGUAAUGCCACAUUUCUCAUUUGGGGACAGGAAGCGGGGAUCAGUCUGUGUCUUCUCAGAAAACUUUGGCUGUAUCACAGGAUCUACACAGUGAUCUACGACGUUGCCACAGGAUGAAGUAAGAAGAAGCACUCUGGUGAGAGAUACAAACCAACAUGGCAGACAAAAAUGACCCAGAGGUAAAGUACCGUCAGAUAAGAAACAAGAGACUUCCAGAGGAAAGGAACCAGAGGGGCAUGCGAACCCUCUCCUAUCACGAGGCCGUUAACCUCAACCAUUUUGAUACGUAUUAUGACGAGAAUGGGCUGGUCGACCCUGUCAGCAGGAUAGAAGGAGGCAUGCCAUUGGACAUGACGGAAUGCAGGGACUAUAGAAAGAAGGAAUGGAAGUACAAGGAAAGUGCCAAGACAUUCAUCCCCAUCAGAUCAAAGCCCAAACAGCCGUCCGUGAACCCACUUGACGAUGCAGGCCUGCUGUCCUUCAUGACCUUCUCCUGGCUGACUCCUUUGAUCAAAAUGGCGUACAAGGGGAAACUGACUCUGGAGAACGUCUGGCACCAUUCAUCACAUGACAGGGCAGAGCCAAACUAUAAAAGAUUUGAGAGGCUGUGGAAGGAGGAGGUUGAGAGAGUCGGAAUGAAGAAAGCAUCGCUGCCCCGAACCAUCUGGAGGUUCACUCGCACCAGGAUCCUCAUGAGCUAUCUCACCAUCAUGAUUUGUAUGAUAGGUGCAUUUCUAGGGCCUGCCUUUGUCAUCAGGAACCUCCUAAUUUAUGCUGAGUCCAGGGAGGUGAACUGGCCACUGGGAGUUGGGUUGGUUGUUGCCAUGUUUGUAACAGAAAUGUCCAGAUCUGUGUUUUUUGCAGCGACUUGGUCCAUUAGUUACCGCAGUGCCACAAGAGUAGUGGGGGCCGUCCUGACUCUCAUCUUCACCAAGAUUACACGACUGAGGAGCUUAAAGGACAAGACAGUAGGCGAGUUGACGAAUCUGUGUGCUAAUGAUGGACAGCGACUGUUUGAUGCCACAUCUUUCUUCAUCCUGAUGUGUGGAGCUCCGUUAAUAUUUGUCUUGGGUUUCUGCUACACGUUUUACCUGAUCGGUCCAGCCGCGCUGCUGGGAUGUUCCAUGUUUAUCCUGUUCUACCCUUUUCAGGCAGGGAUUUCUCGGCUAACUUCACGCCUCAGAAGACGAGCCUGUAACUGUUACUGA